UGCAACACACAAUUCGCAUUUCAAGUUCUGCAGACAAGAGCGCGCGCGUAACACUUUCAUUUGAUCGAUUUCAUUUCGCUGCCUGAAAACAUCGUAACCCAUUUACUUAAACCUCAGUUGCACAAUAUGUUUAACAUCAGAAAUAUCCUUGUAUGUCGUGUGCGAGCGAUAAGAAUAUCGGUGUAAUGUUAAUUGACAGAUUUGAUUUAUUUUCAAAAUGUGGUUAGAAUCAGUGACAUAAAUAUGUGAUAACAAUACGAAAUAAAAAUGAAAAACUGUUCUGAAAACUCGACCGCGAAUGAAAAAAUGAAAUUUGCUCACAAUUGUAAACACGUCAUCUUAUUACUAAGGUGGUCCUACACCGUCCCUUUACUGUGUUAUUUUAUAUUUUUUCUAACAAUUUGGAUGUUAUCUGUUCCACUGAAACCCAUCAAAAUUGUAAAAGAAAUACCAAUCCACAAACCGGAGGACACGUUUGAAAUUCGCAUGAAAAACAGCAACUUCAACUCGGACCGCAAAGAUGGAGAAAACAACUUACUAAACAACAAAAAUGAAUACUUAAUUAAUGUCAAUGCAAACGAAAAUGCCAACAAGGACCAGACAGAAAUUUUGCAAGAAGUGUUCAAAAGAGCUGACAAAGAUAAAAACUAUAAGCUAGAUUCAAAAGAGCUGGCGGAGUGGAUCAGAAAGAAAAUUGUUGAGCAUAUUUCCUCGGCAGUCAGCAACAAUUAUGCUUUGUUUACCAUGAUUGACGUGAAUCCAAGAAAUGGGGUUAUUACAUGGAAAGAGUACCACACAUACUUUCUGAAAAAGAGGGGCUUCAGCAAAAAAUACGUGGAAAAUCAUGACGAAAAACGACACAAAGGGUUGCAGCGAUCAAUUAAAGAACAAAUAAUGAGAGACAAAGCAUCUUGGAUGGAAGCUGCCCGCUCUAACCCCGACGCUUUAACCGUGGACGAGUUUCUGGCCUUCACCCACCCAGAAUCCAGUGCUGCCAACCAGUUAGCUUUGGUUGACGAACUCUACGACAAAUUCGACAGAGACGGAGACGAACUAUUAACAGAAGACGAAUUUGCGAUUUUGCAAACCGAAGGUAACAACGACGAAACGGUUGUGGUGAGACAGGACGAAAACGAAAGGCGUGCUGAAUUUCGAAAAUCCGUCGACCUAAACGGAGAUGGACGUGCUGAUCGAAGAGAACUCCUGCAUUAUGUUGCACCGCAAAGUCCGAGACACAGCGAGCACGAAGCCGAGGCACUUCUAGCUUUAGCCGACGGUGACCACGACAAUAUGCUUUCACUUGACGAGAUUCUUGCACAUCCGGAUUUGUUUUUGAAAUCGAAGAUGGUUGACACCGGACGCAGCUUUCACGACGAGUUUAAAUAGCCGCGGUUAAAAAUCUGUCAAUUAGGCCAUAAACAUAAGACUGGGCUUGUUUACAUAGAGUAGGAAGGCUACUAUUAGCUUAAAUUGUAACAUUCUCUAAAUUUGUCACGGAAAUAUUUUUCAACUCUCGUAAAUAAACGGUAUUAACACGA